UUCAAUACAAGCGAAAAGAAAAAAAAAAUCAUUUUCAAUCAAAAGUCAAAUGGUCAAAACGGCAAAAAGAAUCGUGAUGGUAAUGCUAAUCGUACCGAAAGAUUGUGUUAAUUUUACGGAACAUUUUAAAUUACGCGUCCUCAAAUUGUUUUUAUUGUGCACAUUGUUAUAAUAUUGCGUGAGAACAUAUUGAUAAAUUUUUACACAGUGACCAUAUUGUUAAAACCCGUUUCGUUGAAUAAGUAUUUUCGAGUUUAUUUACCUGUGUCGAAUUUCUUAUCAUAUUAGUACACGUGUGAGGUGAUUUAAUUGUGUUUAUUAACUUUCAAAACAUAUAUGGUAUACCGAGUGAAGGGGACGGAGCACUUCUGUCACUCACAAACGUAGAAAUCGUCCGAGGAGCGUCACGUCCCCCUUGUUUUUCGCAUUAUUAUCGUCGUUUUUUUUUAAUAAAAAAUAGACACAAAUAAUAGUGUUUUAGUGAUAAAAAUAAUUAUUGAUUGUGAUCAGUGCUCUUUUGAGUUAAAAAUUACGCUGUAUUCCGUUCAUUUUGUGCUCAAAAACACCCGCAGUGCUCAAAAAUAACAGUUCCUCAAAAAAUGAAAAGUGGAUUCCUACACAGUAUUUGCGUCCAAACGGUGAAUUGAAAAGUGUAAAAUUAAGUGAUAAUAGUGUUUACCUCGCUAAAUGCAUUGUGAAUUGAUUAUUUGCACCGAAUUCGGAACAGCGCCAUCUAUUGUCGAAUAGGAUGGUUUAGUUCGUUCGUGAAAAUUGUGUACAGCGCCAUCUCUUGUGGAGUGGCAUGAGUGGUUAAAACGAUGGAAGCCGGUUUCAUACCGGCCACAUCGGUGGGGAGUGGCGGCGUAGUACCGCCUCCCGCCGUCGUUGCGCCACCGGCGAACGUGAUUCGAGCGCCAGGGUUGAAACGCGGAAAAAUGGAAGAGGCAAUAUCGGACAGGAUCAAAUUGGAGACCGUGCUCGGGCUGACGGUAGGCAGUAACGCGGCUUUGGACUGCGACCCCAACACCGAACUGGUUGCCUAUCCCGCUGGAUGCACGGUAGUCCUGUACAAUGUCAGGAAAAACCGUCAGUCGCACGUUCUCAACGCGUCCCGGAAGAGCGUCACGUGCGUGGUGUUCUCGCCCGACGGCAGGUUCCUCGCCACGGGGGAGUGCGGUCACGCGCCAGCCGUGCGGGUCUGGGACCUUCAGGAUCCGACGGCGUCCGGGGCGGUGCAAAUAGCCGAGUUCCCUGGUCACACGCACGGCGUUAGCUGUGUGGCCUUCUCAACGUCCUCCAAAUAUCUAGUCUCCGUCGGCUCCCAACACGACAUGAUCGUGAACGUGUGGGAUUGGCGGAAUAACCUCAAAUUAGCUAGCAAUAAGGUGUCAUCUCGAGUGAAAGCGGUGUGUUUCUCGGAGAGCGGCAACUAUUUCGUCACGGUCGGGUUUAGACAUGUCAAGUUCUGGUAUUUGGAAUACUCGAGGAACGCUAAGUUCAAAGAACCAGUACCCCUCAUGGGCAGAUCGGCGAUACUGGGGGAGCAGAAAGACAACGAGUUCUGCGACGUGGUCUGCGGCAAAGGCGACUCGGCCGACAGCACGUACGCCAUCACCAGAGGGGGUCUACUGUGCGAGUUCAAUAGCAGAAGGCUGCUGGACAAGUGGGUGGAAUUGCGGACAUCAUCAGCGAACUGCAUGGCGAUCGGCAGUCAAUACAUUUUCGUGGGCUGCGCGGAGGGCAUCGUACGAUGUUUCGCACCUGACACGCUACAGUAUGUCACCACGUUACCCAGGACGCAUUAUCUCGGUGUUGAUGUACAGCAGGGGACGAAUAUUAGCCAUAUGUUCUCCCAGCCGUCGAACGCUAGAUACCCGGACGCCGUGGCGUUGACAUACGACGAGAGGAACCACAAGUUGACAUGCGUGUACAACGACCACAGUUUGUACGUGUGGGACGUGCGGGAUAUAAAACGGGUGGGCAAAUCCCAUUCGGCCUUAUACCAUUCCGCUUGCAUCUGGGGCAUGGACGUGGCGCCGGGCACCGGGGAUCUGCCCCCGGGGACUUUCCUCACGUGCUCCAGUGACGACACGGUUCGCGCUUGGCAGAUUCAACCUCAGGCGCAGAACAUAUACAGCAAUGAGCUCACCAAAGUGAUAUACAUAGAUCCAGAACUGAAAUUUUUGAAGGACGUCGACUUAACGGCACCCAGUGAUAAGGACAAGUCCAAAUCCUAUGAUGAUAAAACUGGUGUCAGAUGCGUGCGUGUUUCGCCGGACGGCCGGCACAUAGCGUCCGGCGACCGGGCCGGAAACGUGUGGGUCCACUCCGCUUCCGGUUCGGCAUUGCACACGUUGGAGGCUCACGACGCUGAGGUCCUGUGUCUGGAGUACAGCGCCAAGCCCAGAUUGUUGGCUUCGGCGUCCAGGGAUAGGCUGAUACACGUGUUCUUAGUUGAUAAGGGUUAUCAAAUACUGCAGACAUUGGACGAGCAUUCCUCAUCGAUCACGGCCGUGCGGUUCUUGAACUCGGGCCCUCACCUGCAAAUGGUGUCGUGCGGAGCCGACAAAACUAUACUUUUCAGGCAGAUACGGACGACAUCUGACGGUAGCUAUCAAUUCGCUCGCGGUCAAAACGUGUCGGGUCGUACGACUUUAUACGAUAUGGAGGUGGAUGCGGGCGGCAGACAUAUACUUACAGCUUGUCAGGAUCGUAAUGUCAGAGUGUACAGUGCGGCGCAGGGUCGUCAUACGAAAACGUUUAGAGGCACCACGGCUGAGGACGGCACUCUUAUAAAGGUGGCGCUGGACAGCAGCGGUAUAUACCUAGCCACGUCGAGCACUGAUAAAAUAUUGAGCGUGUACGAUUAUUACUCCGGCGAAUGUAUGGCCACCAUGUACGGCCACUCGGAGAUCGUCACCGGACUGAGGUUCACCCCUGACUGCCAGCACCUGGUGUCGGCGUCGGGCGACGGCUGCGUGUUCGUGUGGCGCGUGCCGCACGACAUGGUGGUCACCAUGCGCGCGCGCCUGGCGCAGCAGGCCAUCCGGCAGGGCAGAAAAGUGUCGGCCCCCUCCAAUGGGCUAUCGAUGGAGAGUGAGAAUGAAUCUCAGCUGGGUUCGCCGCCGAGGGAGAUACCUGAUACGCAAUUCGCUACACCCGUCGUUCCCGAUUACACCUUGAGGAUAGGCAGGCUGCCGACAUGGGCGAAGAAGAGUCUGGGGGACGCGGCCGCGCCGCCCGCUGCGCCCGCGCCGCCGCCCGCGCGCGGCAAGUGGGCCGCCCGCGUCGCGCCCGCCGAAAAACGGGAUUCGGACGGCUCCAAAGACAGUUCUCUAGACAGCGGCACCGACACUAGGUAUAUUGAGAAAAGGAGAGAUCAAGUUACUAAACAGAGACCGAAAUCCCUCAACCUGAGCCAGCUUCCACGGGUGGCCGCGCUCUUUGAAAGCUUCGAUAAGCUGGCCAACUCGAUUUUGUCCCCGAGAGCAAAGGUAACGAUAGUAACGAAUGCCCGUGACGGCCGCACGAGGCAUCACACGGAUGAUUCGUCGCUCGGCAGUUUUAAAUAUGAGGACCAGGAGUCGACUGAGCACGAUGGCGACAUAGAAGACAUAUCGGACGGUGAGAGAACCUCGUCUUCUGAGAGCCGGAACAGGCCCACGUAUUACCCAGGGAACAAUGAUGACGAUACGCCCGGCGAAUUCAUGGUGAACGCAAUGGACGCGGAAGAGUUGCGUCAAUCCGUGCGUCGCUCCAAAAGGUGGAAGGCGAAUUCUCCGAGACUGGAGUUGCCGCCGAGCGGUACUUCUCUCAGUGGGUCUGGCCAUGAUUCUGAUGAUGAUGAGGUAUCGACUCCGUCCGGUGAUAACGCUGAUAGGAACCCGUUAUCAGGGUCGUGUGAAUCCCUGGAUACGGCUGGAAGAAGAGAGAAAUACAUCAAGUCAGCUUUCGAUAGCUUGAGCGGGGCUGAGAUGGAAACAGCACUUAGCGGAGGCAACACCUCCCUGUCGUCGCAGCACUUGUCCCGCGGGCCGGUGCCCGCGCGGCGCCCCCCGCCCCCCGCGCCGGCCCCCGCCCCCGCCCCCGCCGCGCUGUCCCCCGCCGCCCCCGCGCCCCGGCCCGCGCCCCGCGCGCCGCCGCACGUGGAGCCCGAGGCGGCGCGCCGCCGGGCCGAGCUCACCAGGAGGAUACUGGAGACGAGGAGGCAGCUGGAGAACGUGGCGUUCCGCUCUAACCUCAAGUCCAGCCAAUCCACCACGGAUCUUUCAUACGUGCCGGAGAAAGAUGGAUCCAGAAGAACCAGACCUAUCUCCAUGGCUGUGCCAAGCAAUAAUAGGAAUUAUGCGAACCGCAACCACUUAUCCGUGGAACCCGAAGAGGAAUCCUCUGGAAUGCGGCGCGCCAUUUCACUGUCCGAUCUAGCUGUCAAACCAUCUCCGGCGCCGAGAACGCCUCAAGCGCCGACAAAACCGACCACACCGCCGAGCAACUCCAACAAGUCGCCGAGCGGAUUUGUUCGGCCAGCCGCUCGCCACGCCAAAUCCAACAUGACCAGAAGUUCCAGCGUGGGCGUGUUGAAUAAUCAGAGCGAUUCGGAAUCGGACCCCCAGCCUUCGCGGCAGCAGUCCAGGCCCCAGGGUCUGAUGCGGCCCACCAUCAGCUCCAUGAACAAGGCGGCGGCGAACACGGCCAGGAGGCGCGGCCUAGCUAACGCUUUUAGCGCAGUGUCUCUGUCUACCGGGAACGCGGAGGAGUCCAGCAGCGAGGAGGGGCAGGAGAAGAGCGCCCGGCCGAGGGCCGGCUCUGUCGAUCAGAGGAGAAUCGGACGCAGCGGCAGCGAACGUGAUUUGUCGCAGAAGGCGCGCGAGGUCACAGCUCGACUUACGGCUAACACUAGGCACAGGACGAAACCUGAACCACCCGCAGAGGACAACUUGACGUCAUCCCAGCUAUGUUCAGCAUUGACUGAACAACUGACCAAGACAGCGUGCAAAGUUGUACAGCUGUACGCCAGUUUGCAGAGGGAGCCCGGCGCUGCGGCGGACAUCAGCGGUCUCGAAGCGGCCAUAAUGGAGACUCAAAAGGUGCUCCGCUCGGCCGUGGCCCGAAACGGUACCGAAGCCCUGAGUUCUUUAUCAUCAGACGGAGACUUCAGAGACGUCGACACCGCACGGCAGAAGCUGGAGACGCUGUCUAAAGAAGCCAACAAUCCCUCAAGUCCGGCUCUGUCGUUCUUCGACCAGUACUCCGACAUACUUCUGCACAUGAUGCAGAACAAGAUGACACACAGCCUCCCACCACAGCCAGACCAGCACAGCUAGUAGAGGACGAGUGAAUAGUGAGAAACUUGAAGUGAGAAACACAUAAGGGCUGACCAGCAUACAUACAUACAUGAGCGUUAGAUGAGGGAAUUGGAAUGUGAUGUUGAAAAAAGUAAUGUUAUCUGUAUAUUAUGCAAAACGAGUUCUCCCACAUAGUCUCCUAUAACUGGUAGGACACGUGAAGAGUAGAGAAUGAGUUAAAAGUGAAGUGAGAAACGCAGUAAUACGUUAUAAAAAAGGAUUAUUUUAUUAAUUGUCACACAUAACAAAUUACAACGUAGUACAUAUAUUAAGAUAAAAAGAAAUAGUAGAAUCAGAUCUGGGUCGUAUUCUACUGAAUGUGUUUACAGAAAAAACAAACAAACGGGGAAAUUGUUCACUUUAGUUCCAUGCGUUAUAAUUCGUUACAUUUCUAUUAAAUUUUAAAGGAUGAGAAAAUGUGAUAGUGUAUCUAUUCAAAUACUCGUUGUUUUACAAGUUUAAAGGUUGACACACAGGCUCCAACCACAGUCGGACCAGCAUUGCUAGUAGGAGAUGAAUAAAGAGUGAGAAACGUGAGAAACACAAAAGGACUGACUUAAAUACAUUCACGAGCGUUUGAAAAGGGAAUUGGGAAGUGGUAUUUAAUAGAAAUGUUUUUUUUCUCCUACACACAAUCCAACACAAAAUUACGUAUCACCUGGAUCGGCAUAGCUAGUUGGAGAUGACUAAAGAUUGAGAAAAGUGAAGUGUGAAAGUGAGAAACAGAGGGAAACUGAACAUAUAAAUUUUAAGAGGAAGAGUAACCAGGUGUUAAAACAAUUUAAAAAAAAGAAAGAGCGAGUAAGCCUCUCAAAUCAACAAACUGUAGCACCGAAGUUCAUAUAGUAACAGUUUAAAAGAUUUGGAAGUUGAAAAAGAGCAAUAAAGGAUAAGGUCGCACACGUUCAAUCUUCUGCAUAAUCCGAAUGAUUAAAUCAGCCAACCUUGUGCCGACGUACGGCUAAUAAUAAAGAGUGGUACUAGUAAAGGCGUAGGUAGUAAGAGAUGGGACUGCUCAGCCUUCCAACUUGAACCAACAUAAAUAAUCCCAACUUAUUUUGAGGUAUAUAUUAUCAAAAUGAACAAGGCUUGAUUGUAUAGAUAGACGCGAUAAUCGGAUGUAUAUUUACCGUUUUAUUAACAAACUUGAUAUUAUUUUACAUACAAUUACAUCUUAAUCUCUUACGGAGCAGACUGAGUCAAUAGUCUUGGAAAUACUAAGGCCACGUUCAGCUCUGUGGUUUUACGGCGGAAUUGAGAUUGGUUUUAUUUGAGUAUGCAAAAUGGAAAAAACUUGGGGGACUCUUCUUUUAGACGAUGUGCCGGCGACCUGUCAUUAAUGACCUGUAAUGAUGUCAUGUUGAAAACAUAUAUAUACAUACGUAUGUAAAGAGGUAAAUAUGUAUCCGAAUUAUCUUUACAACAAAUGAAUAUGAAACUAGAACAAACAUAUUCAUUUUGUUGUUAUCUUUUUAAAAAUAGAAAUAAAAGAGCUCUGAUUUUAUUCAGCGCAAUAAAAUUUAAAGAGAUAAGGCGGCGAUGACAGGACAUUGAGAAUGUCAUUUAAUAAAUACAUAUUAAAAAAAUCCUGCCAUACAAAUUUGUUGCAUUUAAAUUUCCAUUCCAAUUAUUAUUGUUAUUAUUUUAUGUAUGUAUAUUAAGGAAAUUGUUGAUAUUUUUGACUAAAUGUAGUAUUUGACAUAGCAAAAUUUUUCGUAUAAUAUUUCGAUUUUUAAAAUUUUUAUUCAUUUUUAUUGGUUUCAGCAUUUAAUGCAUUUUGUUUUGUAAUAUGUGUAUUUUAUUGUGUUUAAUAUAUAGUUUUUAAAAUUUUAAUAUUGAUUUGGUAUGCUUGUCUGAGAAUAUAAUUUUGUAUCAAAAAUCGGUACAUAAUGUUUACGAAAUAAAAUAGAGGAAUUGCAGAAUACGGGUAAAUAUUAUAUUUUAUGUAUUUAAUUUUAUAAAUAAUCGCGUGACCAUCUAUCUAUCUCUUAAAUAGUAAACAAUAAUUUCAUAAACAAAAUUUUGGUUUAUAUGUAAAUAUGAUACACGUUUUUAACAUUCCUAAAGAAUAUUGAUGAAAAAAAAAACACACACAGUAAUUAUGUUAGCGCGAGAUUUAAUUUAUGGUGUCAUAAAAAAAAAUAACGCAGACUAUUUUUUACUUGUCACUUUUUUAUUAUGGCUUAUUCAUGAAAGUUUGAAGGCAUAUAUAAACCUCUAAUAUUACUUCCUUUCUCUAACUCUUAAAGUUAACUUUAAAUAUAGAAAAAAGGGAAUAAAACGCAUAAUUUAUAUGCCUGGACAACGUCGCUCGAUCGACCACCAGUUGGGCGAUUCACAAAUUAUGACAAUACAUACAUAUGUCGUAUCGGCUCACUUGUGAAACAAAUUUGAUAACACUGAAUUGUGUGAGCACAAUUUUUGCAUAAAUGUAUAAUCACACAAAAGUAUGUUAUGUCAGGAGGUUCAGAUAUACUUUGAAACCAGGAUGCGUAAUAUCGGUUGACCCGACGCAUUGUAAGGAAGAUAAUGAAAAACAAUAGGAAUUACGUGAAGUCGUCCGAAAGCCAAUGUUAUGAUAGUUGUUAAGUAUUUUCUCUUAAUUAUCGUCACAAAUAGAGUGUAUGUUUGUAUGUGUAAAUAACAUUGUAUGGUCGUGCAUGAUAAUGUUUAUAUUAAGGAUAAUAAAUAGCCUCCAACGUCCAGGAGGCUUAUUUUUGACUAAUGGUAAUCGUCAAUUUUUUGGAAUUUUGCCGUUUGCACGAUGGCGCACGAUAUUUGUUUAUUGUGCACGAAUUAUGAUUCAAGUUAUGUCGCCGAGGACUUAGUAAUCUGUUAUUGAUUUUCUUUUGUUUUUUUUUCAAAUACAUGAAUUAUUUAUUCGCGCUUGUUUUCUGAAAGGAAUGGAUGAAGGAUCUCUCUCUCAUUAUUUCUGCAAUUUAGCUCGUUAAUAACUUCGCAGUGUUUUUUUUACAGCAGCAGUUUGAUAUCAAAUGUUCUUAAUUAACAAUUAAUUUGAAGGUUAAAAAAAUUUAAGAUGGUAAAUGCGGAAAAAAUCGUGCAAUAAAUAAACACGUCUCGUGCACUAUCGUGCAAACAAUUUAUUUACCUCUUCGGCCAAGAGUGUGUAUGGCAUUGUAUUUAUAGGAAUAUAUCUAACUGUAAAAAAUAGUUCGUGUAGAUACAUUAUUAUUAUUACAUGUUCAAACAAAAAUUUGCCAUUUGCGAAGACUAAUUAAUAAUUUACGAUAUUAUUCGUGUAAUUGUUUCUCUUUUUUAUUAUUUUGUUUAUAUUAGGUUACCUGAACAUUCAUAAUAAAUUAAUUUAUACUUC